AUGACGUCAGGGGGUCUGAACGAAGCCAAAUAUUACGAACAUCAUUUCCGAGCAAACUGUGUUGAUUCUCACGGAAUUGCAUUCCACGAACGAAUAUCACGAGACGAUCUUGUGCACUAUUUUGGUACGGCGGAAAAAGACGAAGACUCCUGGGGGAGAUCUGCAGAAUUCUCCUGCGAUGUUCUUCGAAAAUGUUGCUCGGAUCUUCUCAACGGCGGUGUCCCAUGCCGGACUGGUUCGUGGUGGCAUCCAGGGCUUGGGGCCGUUCCUCGGAUGACUCCACCGUCGGCGCAGUUGCCUGAGUAUGAAUUAGUAAGCCCACAGCAUGUACGGGGAAGUCGGAAGCGGCGAGGACUCUAUGAAGACAAGGAACCAUUAGAAUAUCUACUUGAAGCAUUUGGAGAGAAAUAUCAUCUACAUUUGCAGCACAACAAGGAACUAAUAUCUCCAGGUUGCUUGGUGUACAAGUUGCAGAGCACUGGACAAAGACAUGUUGAACCAUGUCCUGUUGGUGAAGGUGACUGCUAUUACCUCGGCUCCUCACUUUCACACUACAAUUCUUCAGCUGCAGUCAGUACGUGUGAUGGACUGCAUGGUAUUAUCAGCGUUCCAACACAUGAUCUGCUUGUACAGCCAAUCAGAAAGCAGCAUAUCCCAAUAUUGUUAUCAUCACAACCAAUCAACAAGGCAGGCCAGUAUGUUGCUGCUUCAAAUGCUCACAUUGUCUACAAGAUGGCUCCAACAAAGAGAAGCUGUGGGCUACAAGCUGCUGCUGACAGCAUGUUGAAGGUGUUGAGGAGGAGACGCAGACAGGCUGGGAGGAAGUACAUGGAGUUUCUCCUCGCAGCAGACAAGACAAUGUUCAGCUACCAUGGGAAUCACCUGCAGCAUUACAUGUUGACAGCUGCCAACGUUGCAGCUGGCAGAUACCUUGAUCCAAGUCUGCAACAAGAAAUCUAUCUGACAGUUGUGAGAAUUAAAAUCCUCCAGGAUGAUCAGCCUGGGUUGGUAAUCACAUCAGAUGCUGACAGCUCUCUCAACAGUUUCUGUAACUGGCAGGAGAAGUUUAAUCCUGAGAAUGACAAUGAUCCACAGCAUGUAGAUGCUGCUACCCUCAUGACAAGGACUGACCUAAUCCAUCUCGGAGUUCAGUCAACCACUGGCCUAGCAUCGCUAAGUGGAAUGUGUACAAGAGAUAUUCGAUGUUCCAUCUUAGAGGACAAUGGCCUUGACAUUGGCUUGACAUUUGCACAUGAAACUGGUCACAGUCUUGGGAUGAACCAUGAUGGUGAAAAUAACUUCUGUGAUGACCGACAGAACAUCAUGUCUGCUAGCGGUGCUGGUGGCUCGACAGCGUUCCUAUGGUCAUCAUGCAGCGUGGACGCCCUCAACAGCUUUCUCAGUUCUGGAAAAGGCUCGUGUUUGACCGAUGCGCCUCAGAAUGGUGGCUAUGACCUGCCCCGGGACCUGCCCGGAGUACUCUAUGACGGGACCGACCAGUGUGAGCUCUUUAUCAAGAAAGGCUCCUCUCUGUGUACAGGAACAUCACUUGUAGACAGAUUUGGUGGGGAUGAGUGUGCCAAGUUGAUCUGCUUUGAUCCUAACCUACCUGGCCAGUGUACCGGAAGUCAGGCGCCUCGUAUGGAUGGCACAGAAUGUGGUCAUCGAAAGUGGUGUAUCCAUGGCCAGUGUGUGGACAUUGGUCCAAAUGGCCCUGCUGCCCAGGAUGGAGGUUGGUCAAACUGGGAUGCCGAGUGGUCUCUCUGUUCCAGGUCUUGUGGUGGUGGUGUGCGAACCAAGACAAGAAAGUGCAACAGUCCAAAGCCGUUGUUUGGUGGAAAACCAUGUGAAGGAUUUGAGGCAAAAGCAGAACUAUGUAACAUGCAGCCCUGUGCAUCCAGCACUAGUUACAAAGCACAACAGUGUGCUGCCACUGACAAAUAUCCACUCUUCAAUCAAAACUUCCAUUUUAGGCCUGCUAAUGUUGAAGGCAAGGAUCAGUGUAAGCUCUACUGUGAGGUUGAAGGUCAGUCCACUAUUCACCUGCGCACCCUAAAUGGAAAACAACAGUUCGCAGAUGGCACUGACUGCAGUGGGAACUCGGGAGCCUUCCAUCGAUGUGUCAGUGGAGUGUGUAGGGCAUUCAGCUGUGAUGGUUCCACCGAAACACAAAGGACAUAUGACAAGUGUGGUGUGUGUAACGGAGACAACAGUUCCUGCAAAAAGGUCACUGGACAGUAUCAAAGAGGAGAAGCUAAAAAAUAUUCGACAUUUGCUAGCAUUCCCAGAGGAGCAACAAGUAUUUAUAUCACUAACCAGAACAAAUAUAGUGUAAUGAGUAUUUCAGUGAAUGGCAUCCGGUAUUUUAAUGGUGCUGAUGGACACAGGGAUAGAUCUGGGAAGUAUUCUGGGGGUGGAGUCAUUGUUGAUUACAGACGAAAUCCAGAAAAAAUCACUAUUGAUGGACCUCUGUCUGUGAAUAUUGAAGCACAGCAUGCUGUUACACCAUCCAACAUUCCGUGA